AUGAAGGUAGUUAUAGUUUUGGGAUUGGUGGCUUUUGCCAUCAGCGCAGUUAGCUCAAUAAACUUGAACGAAGUUAUUGAAGAAGAAUGGAGUUUAUUCAAAAUUCAAUUCAAGAAAUUAUAUGAAGACAUUAAAGAAGAAACAUUCCGUAAAAAAGUGUAUUUAGAUAAUAAGUUGAAAAUUGCAAGACACAAUAAAUUAUACGAAUCCGGCGAAGAAACAUAUGCGUUGGAAAUGAAUCAUUUUGGUGAUUUAAUGCAACACGAAUAUACUAAAAUGAUGAAUGGAUUUAAACCCAGUUUGGCUGGUGGUGAUAGCAAUUUCACUAACGAUGAAGCUGUGACAUUCUUGAAAUCUGAAAAUGUUGUUGUUCCAAAAUCAGUUGACUGGAGGAAGAAAGGAUAUGUAACUCCUGUCAAAAACCAAGGUCAAUGUGGAUCAUGCUGGUCUUUCAGUGCCACUGGAUCGUUGGAAGGACAACAUUUCCGCAAAACUGGUGUGCUAGUAUCUUUGAGUGAGCAAAAUUUAAUUGAUUGCUCUCGUAAAUACGGUAACAAUGGUUGUGAAGGUGGUCUUAUGGAUCUUGCUUUCAAGUACAUCAAAUCUAACAAGGGACUUGAUACUGAAAAAUCUUACCCAUAUGAAGCCAUUGAUGACAAGUGCCAUUAUAAACCCGAGAACUCUGGUGCCACUGACAAAGGUUUUGUUGAUAUACCUGAAGGUGAUGAAGACGCCCUCAUGCAUGCUUUGGCUACUGUAGGACCAGUGUCUAUUGCUAUUGAUGCUUCAUCAGAGAAAUUCCAGUUCUAUAAAAAGGGUGUGUUUUACAAUCCCCGUUGUAGUUCCACAGAAUUGGACCAUGGUGUGCUUGCUGUUGGUUUCGGCACUGACAAGAAAGGAGGUGACUACUGGAUUGUUAAAAAUUCUUGGGGUAAGACUUGGGGAGACGAAGGGUAUAUAAUGAUGGCACGUAACAAGAAAAACAACUGUGGUGUUGCAUCCAGUGCCAGUUAUCCUUUAGUCUAA